AUGGCUUCGACAGAGGAAGGCGGCGAAAAGCCCUUGAACGCAUCCGAGAAGGCAUACUUGAAGAAAAAUUUCCGCAACGAAUUUUACUUCUUGCGCGGUCAAGGUCUCAACAUCUACAAGGAGGAGGAUCGCAGCGAGGGCAGAGCGAUCCUGCGAGCUUUCCAGAAGUGUGACUCCCUCCCCGAGGAGGGUCAAUCACCCAGCGGUGCCAACGAGGCGGCCCCUGAGCUCCGCCAAGACAACCAUUUCCGCGCGGACGACCGAGCUGAAGAGACCCAAUAUCAGCACCAGGCUCCGAGAGGCUUCAACCCUACGCACGGGUUCGAUUUUGCUGGAUCGUCGAUCGACGGGCCGGCCCAAGACCCUGCUCUGGUAUCUGCGCCUGGCGGCGGUGAACAGCACCAGGGACCUGCGCACGAUUAUCGUAUGAACCCCGAUCAGUUUGGGUAUAAUCAUGAGCAAAGUGGCGCUUUCGAUGGGGGAUACCAGGGUGGAUUACAGGGUGGACGGCAGGACGGAUACUAUGGUGGCCGCGAUGAUGGGUACGUUGGGGGAUACAGUUCUGGGCAAGCAAAUGGUUCGCAUAAUCCUUUCGCGGGUGGUCCCAAUUGUCAUCAUGAAUUCCUUGAUAUGUCUAAUCAUUGGCACGUUGAAGAGUUUAGCUCUGGGCACGACGGGAGCGACAAUCUGCACGAUGCUGGCUAUGAUGAUGGUUACGACCAUGGGCAUGAUGAUGGUUAUGACCAUGGGUAUGAUGAUGGCUAUGAUUGUGGGUACGAUGAUGGUUACGACCAUGGGUACGAUGGCGUUUAUGAUGUUGAGUACACCUAUGGGUACCAGGAUGAUGAUUAUUAG